AAAAAACAUAAAAGAAGUUCAAAGAAAGAUCAAGUCCAGAAAUCAAGAAAUGCCAAGAAACGUCUAUGAACCUUUGAAGACAUAUUUUCUCAAAGUUAACAUCAACUGCCAAGGAUGUAAAAGGAAAGUGAAGAAAACACUUAGAAAAAUUGAAGGUGUUUACUCUGUUGAUAUAGACACAGAUCAGGAAGCAGUGAUCGUUAGAGGUAACUUAGAUCCAGAGAUUUUGGUCAAGAAGUUGAACAAAAGAGGGAAACAUGCUCAGCUUAUGUUCUUGACACCUUACCAUAAGGACCAGUACUUUGGUAAUCAUCAAGCUGGUUUCAACCAUGACAACAGAAGCUUGGGAAACACACAAUACAAUUUCGGAAGCAAUUACAACAAUGUCCCAAGUUAUGAAAGGCAGAGUUUUAAUCAUCAGAGUGAUGAAGAGAUGAUGAUGAACAUGAAACCUGUGAUGAUGAGAGAUGAAGAUUACUUCGAAAUGAGUGAUUCACCUGAAGAUUUCCAAGAGCUAUUUGGGGAAAUACCGCAAAGACACAACAAGUAUGAAGAGGUGAAACCAAAUCUGAUGAGGGACAUGGAUCUUGGAUAUUCUAAUGCAUACCCUGCAACAGAAGCAAUGAACAUGCAGAUUGGAGGAAGAGUAAAUCAUAUGGUGCUGAAUGAGAGAGGUUUCAAUGGUCCGAUGAUGAAUGAGAGAGGCUUCCAUGGUCAGAUGAUGAAUGGUCCAUCUCUUGUUCCUCAGUCUAUGAAUUAUGAACAGUUCAGUUCCAGACCACUUCAGUCUAUGAAUCAUGAACAGUUCAGCUCCAGACCGCUUCAGUCUAUGAAUCAACAGUUCAGCUCAAGACCAGUUCAUGGCUUUUACUACUGAUUGAAGGAUUUAGUGGUUAAAGUUAGCUUAACUAGAUGUGUGUUUUCAUUACUUGGGUUUAUUUCAAGCAUAGUAGUAUAGUCUUUUCUUGGUUCAAUGUUGGUUUAGAGUGUUAAAGAACAAAGUAAGUUACUACAU